AUGGGAUGGCGCCUGCUCAAGAAAGACAGCCAAAAAAGUGAUGACGGGACAGGAACCAGUUGGGUGAUUGAAGCCACCAUGGAAGCCAAGCGUGUGUUCCCAGGGGCGAUUAUCACACAUGCACCUCAGGCGCCGUACUUCACUCCUCAAUUCACCGCCAAUUACGUAGAAGUUGAAAAGCAGGUUGGCACCAUGAUCGACUUUUACAACAUUCAAUUCUACAACCAAGCAAGCACCUCGUAUGACAGCUACGCCGCAUUGUUUGAGCGUUCCGGUGGCUGGUCGGCGGGCUCAUCUGUCAUGGAGAUUUCCGACAAGGGCGUUCCCUUGUCCAAGAUCGUUGUUGGGAAGCCGGUGACGAGGGCGGGCGUCGUGAACAGUGGCUUCGUGGAGAUGAGCCAUCUGGCCACUUUCUACAGAGAAGCGGCCUCCAAGGGGACUGUUCCAAGGGGCUUCAUGGGCUGGCAGUGGAGUCUUGAUGCGCGAGAGCUGGGCGGGAGAUGGGCACAGACGUUGGGAGCAGCCUGGAGUGGAGUGCCCAAUGUUCCAAAGAGCUCGCCCAGCCCCAGCCAAGUGGCUACCCCGACUGCUCCCUCCACAGAGAGUGAUACCUGCACCGAAGUAUACACAGUGGUCGAGGGAGACUCGCUCUGGGCAGUCGGUCAGCAGUAUGGCGUUGAAUGGCAGGCAAUUUUUGAGGCCAACAAAGAUACGCUGCCGGACGGCAAUGCCAUUCACGUCGGCCAGCAGUUGCGCAUUCCCGUGCCAUGCGAUGCAGGCACUGGCCAAGGACCCACCGUGCCCACGUCUACCGACCCAGUGGCUCCCAAAGUCCCAGAUACUGCCAGUCCGGCGGCACCUUCCACAGAAAGCUGGGCUUGCUUCCAUGACUACACAGUGGUCGAGGGAGACUCGCUGUGGUCGAUUGGCCAACAAUUUGGCGUCGAAUGGCCGGAAAUCUUUGACUCCAACACUGACACCCUGGAGGAACCAAGUGCCAUAUACGUCGGCCAACAUUUGCGUAUUCCAACGCCAUGUGGUACAGGCGCCGGCCAAGAACGCUCUGUCUCAGGUCCGGUCGGCCCGGCGACACCCUCUUCAGGAAGCCAAUCAAGCUUCUAA